CAUGGCAGAGGUGGUUCGUGAAGAAAGCAUCAGAAUAGCAACAGAAUGCAACAACAUGCCUGAAACUUUCUCCCCAGGGUCAACUACUGCAGCGCCUGUCUUCUCCAACAAAGGGCAGAGUUACUACAAGGGCCUCGCUGUGGCGUUUGGACUCCUGUGUCUCCUACAAGUCGGUCUCAAUGUUUCCCUUCGUAUAUACAAUUCUGGAAAGAUGCCCAACAUUGACUUCAAUCGUGCAAAUGAGACUGCAGUCAUGAAGAUGAAGCUCAAUGAAUUAGAUGAGUAUUUCCAACAAGGAUGGCUGUAUUUCCGAACCAGUCUCUACUACGUGUCACCAGUGAAGAAAUCCUGGUUUGACAGCAGAAACUUCUGUGUUAAAAGAGGUGCAGACCUGGUGGUCAUCAACAGCAGAGAAGAGCAGGAGUUCACAAAUAAAUUUGCCAAGAUUACAUGGAUUGGACUGAGUCAACGGCAGGACAACGGGCAGUGGGUUUGGGUGGACGGGACUCCGCUGAACAGAAGCUUCUGGGCCCCUGGAGAGCCAAAUGACAAUGGAGGAAGUGAAAACUGUACUGAAAUAAUGAAACAUUUUAUGCGAAGGAGCUGGAAUGAUGCUCCUUGUCAAGAAAACAACUUUUGGAUCUGUGAGAAGAAUAUACAUUUCCUGUAACAAAAUGUAUUUUUUCCCUCAGUAGCAUCACGGUCUAUCUCACCUCAAUAGUCCACUAUAAUCUAUAGCAUUUUAUUUCUUUAUAUCAUCUGAGGGAAGAGAUGUUUUUGUGCAGCGAUGCAUUUUAUCAGAUUCUUUUUUUUUUGUUUUUAUUAGUGGCUUCUGGUCACGGUAUAAGAUGUGAUCAUCUUCUUUAGGAAUCAUGAAAUGAAUUUUGAGCAGACAAUAAUUCCCAAGGUUAAGGAAUGAAGUGCUGAUGUUUGAGCCUUCUGCUGUUGUCCUGUAUAGUUGCAGCUUCAAUCCAAACAAUAUUUUACCAGAAGUUUCUGGAUCAGGAAACCAGUUUAUCACGUGCAUAUGGAGCCCUGGAAGUCACAUGCACGACUUUAUUUUUUUUUUAUCCCGAAAUAACAUUUUUCUCGUGAUAAUUUUUAUCUCGAGAUAAUUCUUAUCUCAUCAUUACCGGAUUUUGUGAAUAAAUCUUGUCCUCCCACAAUCAGCCAGGACAAGUGCCAUGGACCGAAUGCGGUUGAUCAGCUUUUUUCUUCAUUUUGGUAUGACUCACACGGAGAGUCUAUAUAGCUUAGUCACAUAUGUUAUUAUUUUCAGCAGAAGGCACUUGAUCAGAGCGCUUAAAGCACAGCGACCUAUUCUAUAUUCUGACUUGCAGACAGUGAUUGACAACGUUGACAAACAGUUACGAAGCCAUGGGAGACAUAGUGGUUACAGGAUGUUUACAAAUGCUUUGAGAGGCAGUUGCACGUGCUGACAUUUGCAGUUGUGUCUUGAGAUAAAAAUG